AUGGAGAGAAAGCAAAGAUUCAUGUCAGAGAAGGAUGAGUAUCAGUUUCAACAUCAGGGAGCGGUGGAGCUGCUUGUCUUUAAUUUUUUGCUCAUCCUUACCAUUUUGACAAUCUGGCUGUUUAAAAAUCAUCGAUUUCGCUUCUUGCAUGAAACCGGGGGAGCGAUGGUGUACGGCCUCGUAAUGGGAUUAAUUUUACGAUAUGCUACAGCACCAACUGAUAUUGAAAGUGGAACUGUAUAUGAUUGUGGAAAACUGGUCUUCAGCCCAUCAACUCUUCUGAUUAAUAUCACUGAUCAAGUUUAUGAAUAUAAAUACAAGAGAGAAAUAAGCCAACACAACAUCAACCCUCACCAAGGCAAUGCUAUACUUGAAAAGAUGACAUUUGAUCCAGAAAUCUUCUUCAACGUUUUACUGCCACCAAUUAUAUUUCAUGCUGGAUAUAGUCUAAAGAAGAGACACUUUUUUCAAAACUUGGGAUCUAUUUUAACAUAUGCCUUCUUGGGAACGGCCAUCUCCUGCAUCGUCAUAGGGUUAAUUAUGUAUGGCUUUGUGAAGGCUAUGGUAUAUGCUGACCAGCUGAAAAAUGGAGACUUUCAUUUCACUGACUGUUUGUUUUUUGGUUCACUGAUGUCUGCUACAGAUCCAGUGACGGUGUUGGCCAUUUUCCAUGAACUGCAUGUCGACCCUGACCUGUACACACUCUUGUUUGGGGAGAGUGUGUUGAACGAUGCAGUCGCCAUAGUCCUUACAUAUUCUAUAUCCAUUUACAGUCCCAAGGAGAAUCCAAACACAUUUGAUGCCGCAGCAUUUUUCCAGUCCGUGGGGAAUUUCCUGGGGAUCUUCGCCGGCUCAUUUGCCAUGGGGUCUGCAUAUGCUGUUGUCACGGCACUGUUGACCAAAUUUACCAAACUGUGCGAGUUCCCCAUGCUGGAAACGGGCCUGUUUUUCCUCCUGUCUUGGAGCGCCUUUCUGUCUGCAGAGGCCGCUGGCCUAACAGGGAUAGUUGCUGUUCUCUUCUGUGGAGUCACGCAGGCACAUUAUACCUACAACAACCUGUCGUCGGAUUCCAAAAUGAGGACUAAACAGUUGUUUGAAUUUAUGAACUUCUUGGCUGAGAAUGUCAUCUUCUGUUACAUGGGCCUGGCGCUGUUCACAUUCCAGAAUCACAUCUUCAAUGCUCUUUUCAUACUUGGAGCUUUUGUAGCAAUUUUUGUAGCCAGAGCCUGCAACAUAUAUCCCCUCUCCUUCCUCCUGAAUCUAGGCCGGAAACACACGAUCCCCUGGAACUUUCAACACAUGAUGAUGUUUUCAGGUUUGCGAGGAGCGAUAGCCUUUGCCUUAGCUAUUCGGAACACAGAAUCUCAGCCAAAGCAAAUGAUGUUUACCACCACGCUGCUCCUCGUGUUCUUCACAGUCUGGAUAUUCGGAGGAGGAACAACCCCCAUGCUGACUUGGCUUCAGAUCAGGGUUGGUGUAGACCUGGAUGAAGAUCAGAAGGAGGAACCCUCCUCACACCAGGAAGCAAAUAAUUUGGGUAAAAGCACGACAAAAUCAGAGAGUGCCUGGCUCUUCAGAAUGUGGUAUGGCUUUGACCACAAAUACCUGAAACCAAUUCUAACCCAUUCUGGUCCUCCACUGACCACGACGUUACCUGAAUGGUGUGGCCCAAUUUCCCGACUGCUCACCAGUCCUCAGGCCUAUGGGGAACAUCUCAAAGAGGAUGAUGUCGAAUGCAUCGUAAACCAGGACGAGCUUGCCAUGAAUUACCAGGAGCAAGGCACCUCACCCUGCAGCCCUCCUGGGGAGGACCAGAAAGCUUCACCCCAGACUCCAAGCAAGGAGAACAUUUACGAGGGGGACCUUGGCCUGGGAAGCUAUGAACUCAAGCUUGAGAAAACUCCUAGUCAAUCCCAACUGAACUGAUGGGCGUGAACAGCACAGACAUGAUCACAGGUCAUGCAGGGCUCACUGAGGAAUACAAGCCAAGCUGAUGAGGCCAAGUGCAUGGAAAGAGGUUGGAAAGUGUA